GUUCACUAGACUUAAACAAAUUUAAUGUAACAAACAAUUCAAUACAAAAUUUCAGGUCCAAGCUAGAACCACUGCAGCAGUUCGAUCACUUCAUGGAUUCUUCAGUAGCAUGGAGGACGACAACAACCCUUUGGUAUCUCGCCACAGAAGAACAAGUAUCGUCUACUUGGAUGCAACAGAAAGACCAAUGAAAAGACAAAGAACUAGAAAGAAGAAGUUAUACAAAGUCAUAAAAAGAGUGAUAGAAAUUAAGCCGCCGGCCAAAUUCUCCACCCAACCAAACCACCGGAAAGAACAGAAACACAGGAAAGACCACAAUGAGAAACAUAAGAAGCAGAAAGGACUAGGGCAUGACGAAGGAUGGAAAACAUGGAAAAGGGAGAAGCAUGCGGAAAGUUCUAGAAUGUCCAACUCGAAAUCGCAAGAAGGAGACAAGAGAAAUCCAGUUGAUAUUAUAGUACACAUUAAAAUGAAAGAGUAAGAACCGGGGGUCUAAACAGGCCGCAAUGAGUAUUUCAACUUGAAAAGCAAUUCAGCCAUUUGCCAUUUACGCACAUAAGGCUGCCUGUCCACUGGAGCAGAGCGAGGCAGCGGAGCGGUGAAACGGGGAAAUAUUAAUUAAUAGGAU